UACGAUUAAAAUCUUUUUAGUUCCAUGAAAUGAGUAUUGUUAAAAAUCUGUCCUGUAAUAUGCUUUUAAAAUGUUUUCAAACGUUUUGGUGCAAAAAUGUUGCCAGGACUGGCGCAAUGUGGCGCAUUCGGUUGCCAGGACUGGCGCAUUGAUGUAUCUAAAACCUGGCAACCCUGCUUCACGCCGCCCGCCUCACGCGGUCCUCCGCACGGCGCACACCGCCGUGGUCGUCGUCGUUCCUCACGUCAUCCGGUUCAAGCAGACGGCGGGCGAGCGAGCGAGCGAGCACGAGCGAGCGGAAGAGAGAGGGAAACAAGGGGCGGUGCGUCGCGGCGCGGAGCGGCGCGGAGCGGCGCGGCGCACGAGACGACGACCACGACGACGACGACGACGACGACGGCGGCGACGACGACGGCACGGGACGAGCCGCUCGCUCUUCUCGGCUCCGGUCGGCUCGGUUGUAGCGGAGCGAAGCGGAAAGCGCAAAGCCCACACCACCAGCUUACUCGCACGCUCGCUCGCAAUAACUCUAAACUCGAGGCAAGAUGGCGGCCGUGGCGGCGGAGGCCCCGUCCGCGCAUCUCGCGCUUGCCACGGGCGAGAAGAUCCUCGUGACCGUCGAAUCCGCGCUGCCCGACAUCCUCGUGGUAUCCUUCGUCCAUGGCGCCAAGUGCUUCCAAGGUGCGCUCCUCGACGCCGCUAAGAGGGGCCUUCCCUGCGGUGUUCAACCCCCGGAGCCGGUACCGGACCCCGAUGGCGAUAAACUGGCAACAAUCGCAGCGCGUUUCAGUUAUUUCCAGGAGAAGAGGAGCGCGUCGUCGUCAUCGGCGGCCGCCGUCGUCGCCAAGGUCGACCUCCGCAGGAAUAUCAAUCCGCCCGCUAGGUACAAGAACGCGAGGCCUACAGUGAGAUUGAGGCCCCGCCAGGUGCUGUGUAGUAAGUGCCGGUCGAUCUGCAACGAGAACAGUGAGAACGUUGACGUCAGCAGAAAGCGGAAGCAUGAGGACGCUCAACAGCAAUCGCAGCAGCUGAUUCCGGGGUCCACCAGAAGAAGCGACCGACGUUGCGGUCAGCAACCGCAAAAGACGCAACGGACGCUGUUGUCGGAAUAUCGGACAGAAAACAUCUCCAAUCAAGCGACGGCGAAGACGACAAGUUCGAGUACCGACUCGUCGAAACUGGGAGCGUCGUUGAUCCCAAAACUAUCAAGAUUGCAGCCUAGUGAGAUCACCAAUCAGGAAUCCAGUCAAUUAUCUGACAAAAUGAAGGUCGCGGCGAGCGCCCAUUGGCCUGUGAGACACGAAGAAGAGGCGUCCUUGAGGAACGUAUUGACGUCGCAGGAACGGGUAGUGGAGUCUACCGCUGAUUGCGACAAUAAUCCCUCGACGGCUUAUUGUGCUACACCGAGAAGACUUAGUAGUUCGUCGGUGGAGAGUGCGAAGAUUCCUGAAGAGGAGGAUAAGAAAACCUUCGCAGCCGCGGACUCGACAAUGAGACUGAGAACCGGCAGAGUGCCGAGGAAGAAGCGCUCGGUGGGAUCAAUGGAGGAUCUGUGGGAUGAAUCGGUGUUUGAGGAUCCCACAAGGACUGCCAGGACCACGCCGGUAAUCAAGAUCUCGUUUGGUGCGCAGGGCGAAGGAACAGUUCUCAAGAUACCCGCAAAACCUCAGGAUCCUGAUGCGUACGAGGAGACGGACGAUGCCGAUGAUGCCCAGCAAGAGAAAGAUCCUUUAGAACUGCCCAAAUCUUUCGGUGACGAUUACGAGGGCGAAGAGGAUGGGCAGGAACAGGUGGAUCCUCAGAAGCAGGGCGACGUGGUGAAGGACGCUAGCGCGAAAGCAGCGAAACGGGCUCUAAAGAAAGCUAAGAAAGAGGCUAGAAGAAAGAUGUUAGGCGGAGUAUCACCAGCGAGGUCACCUUGCAACGGAUCGCCGAGGUACAAUCCUACAUACGGAGAUCCACUUUUAUAUCAUCGUCGGAAGCACAAAGUGAAGCAUAAAAAGAAGCAUAAGGAGGGUAGAAAGCACAAGAACCAACAACAACAGGAACAACCGCAAUCUGAGCAAUCCUCUUUGGAUUCUGUAGAUCAAUCGCAGGAGCAACAACAACAACAGCCACAACAGCAGCAGCAGAAUUGGAAUGUUUUACCAGGCGGCGGUGAAUCCUAUAGAGCCAUUAAGGAGCAGUGCCUGAAACAGAAGCUGUCGAUAUCCUUGAAGAGGCUGAACACGAAUGCGUACGCGCGUUGUGAUUAUCCUGUAAGUAAUGCGUCCUCCGGUUGUAAGAGUUCCGGAGGUAGCAGCGAUGAGUUGAGCGAACACGAACCGGAAGUAGAAACCGCGCCGGAUUUUCCACCGCAUCAGUCGCAUCCUUUGGUCAUGCGCCUUGCUGCCACUCCCGUGGCGCAUUGUCUUACGGCGAACGGCAGGCGGAUGGACGUGGGCGAUGUCGUAUGGGGCAAAAUCCAUGGCUUUCCCUGGUGGCCUGGCAAGGUAUUAAGCAUCACAGUAUCUUGCAAAGAAGACGGUACCUCGUCGGGUCCUCAGGCUCAUGUGGCUUGGUACGGAUCGUCAACGAGUUCGCUGAUGUCCUGUGAUCAAUUAAGUCCUUUUCUGGAAACUUUUAAGACGCGGUAUAAUAAGAAAAAGCGCGGCCCAUACAAGGAAGCGAUACGGCAGGCCCAAAAUGAGGCUCGAAGUCAAGUCACGCCUAACUCAACCAGCAGCGUGUUGAACGUUUGCGGUUCACCCCGUGAAGUCAACGUCCUUUCCUAAGGGAAGUUCUCUGACAACCAUUCCUUACUAAUGAGCAUCCGUCGACGUGAUGAUUGAAGUACUCGCGGCAAGAGAGUGUGCUGAUUGGCAUAAUUAAUAAUAUCUUUAAACUUAUUUAAUAUUUCUCAUCCAUAUGCGCUUUUUGUGAAACGUUUUUUUCACAUUUACGAUUGUUGCAACGAGUUUAAACGUUUGGACCUUGCAAGAUCUUGGAAAUUUUUAAUUAUUUUGCUCGAAACUUAAGUCUACAAUCGUUUAAAAUUUCUAAGACUUAAAGUUAAACUCUUUGGAAUUUCAGGGACUGAUUUUUUUCGCUUCUUUAUCGUAAUAAUUAUUGCUGCUAAUCGCACUAAUGACUGAAGUCCGAAGAAAUAAUGUUCUUAUGUUAUGUAUGCGGGUCAACACUAACUUUCCCCGAGCGCUGAAUUAACGACGGACUUGUCAUGUAAAAUAUGAAAUUUUGUACAUACCCAUUUGCGCUAAUGAAAUAGUUACUGAUCAGUGUUUUGUCAGCCAUGUCUCGCUAUCAAUCGCUUGGAGCCAGUCGCGCCGGCGUUGAUCUUUGAUUGACAUGUUUCCACGCUGAUAUUUUUUCUACAAUGCUAUACUACAAUUUAUACUACUAAAAAAAGUAAAAAAAAAUUUAUUGAUACGAUCAGUAAUUAAUUUUGAGAUAUGUAAUCUUGAAAUUUGUAUCGUUCUUAAACAUAUACCGUGUUUUUAAAGGAGCUCUAAGAUUGCAUUAUCUUCAGAUGUCUUCAAAAGCCGAGAGCUUUACAUUCUUAAAUAUAAACGAGAUAUUUGCAGAUUUUAUAUCCUGAUAAGAUUGAGAUAUUCUCUAAUGUAACGAUGUUUGAACUAUAAUGUUAUAGGAUCCUGAAUCACAAUACGUUUUUUUAUUCUGAAAUAUUUUAACUCUGCGGCAUAAUUGUAUUUGUUAAAUGUAAAUUUUUAUUCUUUUUUAACAAAGAUGGUCAAUGUCUGUGUCAUCGACUGACUUCCAGCGAAUCGAGUCGCGAACGUUUACUGCCAUCGUCACUGGCUUUUCUGUCCUCGGCUUACCAAGCGGACAGUAGCGCGCAAAAGUCUUAUUCUAGAUACUUCUAUCACAAGUAUUCACUGUGAGGUUUAUUCUUUCGUUAAUUAAUCUCUCAAACGUCUCGGCGUGACUUGCGAUUAUCCAAAAUUGAUAAUUAUAUGUCAUGCGAUUAUCUCAGACUGCACAUUAUUACAAUUUAUUAUGUGUAUAUAAUAAUGAACAUUUAUUACACAUAUAUGCGGUAUAUUUUUCAGAUUUGAUAUGUACAUACAUACAAAUUAAGAAUAUGUAUUUAUAUACAUAUAUCUAUAUACAUAUAUCAUUUAAUUUUUAUCUAUGGCGUGUUUUGGCUUUUUCCGAGACGAGUGAAGCAGCGAUUCAUAUUUGAGGGAUUAAAUGUAUAAAAAUUUUUGAUAUAUUGAUAAUAGUAAUUAUUUUUUCCGACGGUCGCCAUAGUGAUUCAAGUCGCAGAUCUAGCUGGACAAGUGCGCUUUGUUUGCGUGUGUGCUUAGAACUGUAUUUAAAUGUAAAUUUUCCUUCUUCUCCGACAAAGACAGCCAAUGUUUACGCUUUGUGCCAACACUGCCGUGUAAUUAAACAAUCGAUUGUUUGAUAUUCGAGCAACGAUAACUGUAAAGCGAGUUUACAAUAGCUUGGUAAUUUUUGAUUAGAAAAAACUAAUCAACUAAAAGCAUAUAUAUUUCUUCUAAAAAGGAAUAUGUGAAACAAUAGAAAAAAAUUUUUUUGUAGUUACAGAUGAAAAUUAAUAAAAAAUAAGUUUUAGAAUUCUGAUAAAACUUCAAGUUUUAAUUACAAAUUAUCAAAAUUAAGAGAUAGCUAAAUUUUAAUUUUAUAACUUUGGAAUUUAUAUAAAAAUAUGAAUUAUUAUAAACAGAAAACUUUUUGAAUUAUAUUUAUGACAAAUUAUUUUAUAUUUUGCAGAAAAAUCAAUGGUUAAAAAUCGGUCAUUUUCUGUAAUCUAAAAAUAGUGAAGAUAUUGUGAAAUCGCAAAUAGUACUUAAGAAAUCCUGAUUAUUGUUACAUCGAUGUUGUGCCACUGCCUCGACAUGAUUUUCUUCCACGAAAAUAUUUCCAUGUUUGAUCGAAGUCAUUGUCGACUGAUUUGUUUUUUUUGUAAUAUUGAAGUUGUAUAUAUCUUGUGGAUAAAGCUCUUUUUUGUAGAACCUUCUUAUUCACAACGCAUACAUAUUGAAAACCGAUCGUCAGAAAUUAGAAAAAAUAUUAGGAAUUUGUUGAUUAAAAAUUUAAUAUAUAAAAUAAAAUAUAUAUUUUAAAUCUAAAUAUUACAAAUUAUGUGUAUUAGAAAAUAUUAAUAAUUUUUAAUAAUUGAAUGACUAAAUUUGAUUUAUCAAAUCUUGCGAAUGACUUUUGUGAGAACAUAAGCAUAAAGAGCCCUGUGAAAUUGAUUGCAACAGCCUUUUUGUUUAAUUUUUAAUUUAAUAAUUGAAAGCGAGUGAUCAUAUUCUUGCGAUCGUCUAUAAAUAGGUGCGAAAACAGAAUGUACGUAUGAGAAAUAAAAGUGGAAUAAAAGAAGAAAAGAAUGUGUAAAAGAGAGAGAGAGAGAGAGAGAGAGAAAGAAAUUGAGAGAAAAGAAGAGAGUGGAAAGAUAAGGUGUUUUAAGUAACUGUGAUUUUUUUGCAAAUGUUUUAUAUAUAUUAUAUAUAUGUAUGUUAUAUACAUAAAUAUGAAUUAAUUUCUACACAUAAUAUAAACGAUGUUUCGAUGUCGCUGUGUUUAUACGGACUAUAGGCUAACAUAUCGUUAACAGAAAUAAUGAUGACGAUUAUUAUUAUUAUUAUUAUUAUGGACGAUGAUUAUUAUGAUUAUUAUGAUUAUUAUUCCUUAUUAUUGUUAUGAAGCUCGAGUGUUGCUGAUUGCUUGCUGUAAGUAUACGAGGAUGGAUCGUAUCUAUUAGCGCAUUUUUACCGCCUCAUUAAACAAAUCGAAAGGGAAAUGUUCAAAUCAUCAUGAAGGAAAAAUUUUGUGUAUUUCUUAUUUUCUUAUUACAAAAAGAUAUUUUCUUUGUUUAUUAAGAAGCUUUGUUGCUCGUACUUACGAGGCGCCAUUUUACAUCGCGUCGGCCGCUUUUGUUAUUUAAUUUUUUCUCUUUUUUUAUAACGUUUUGCGUUAAAUAAAUAUUUCUGUGCGGCAGAGAGAAGGCACUCGUACGAUAUUGUUUCGCCAUAAAUUGCAUUUUCUUUAGACGCAUAUUAAUUGUUUAAUAAAAUAUAAUCUAUUAUAUAUUAUUGGAAAAUACAUAAUGACAUUUGUAGUAAUACUUUAAUACUGAUAGAAAAAGUCUGUUGAUUUAGAAUAGAUUCUGCUUUCAUAUUUUGUAACAAAAACGAACAUUCUGUAGAGACUCAAACUUUCUCGAGAAAUAUUUAUGGCGAAUUAAUUCCGCCGUACGAAUGCUAUUUUUACGCAUAAUGUGCGUUGAUUUAGGAAUCACAAUUAUUAUUAAUUUACGAGAUAUAAAUGUUGCAAUUUGGCGAAAUUUUCAGGUAGGCAAAUGAUUUGAAUAAAUCGGCAUAUCUACCUCAA